AUGGCAGCCGUGGUGGCAAUUAUGGUGAUGGCAUGGUUAGCAUACAACUCUGGCGUCCAACCAUCCAACGAUGUCAACAUAACAUCAGUACCAUUCAGAGGUUCUGAUGCUUGGCAAUAUGAGAUAGUUCCAAUUGAUAACUGGACUGGAAAUAGGGCAAAAUUGUUUUUCAAAUCCAACAAAUUCGUCCUUCAACAACGCCUCCACGAGCUUUCUUCUCAGAAUCAGAUGAACCCUAUUCACAAGAAAAUCCCUGUUCUCAUUCAUAAUGGCAAACCCAUUUGUGAAUCUCUCAUUGCUAUUCAAUUCUGGGUUGAUUUUGUUGACAAGAAGGUCUAUGAAAAUGGAAGGAACCUUGUUUGGACCAAAAAUGGAGAAGAGAAAGAAGCUGCAAAGAAGGAAUUCAUAGAAGCCCUCAAACUGUUGGAGCAAGAGUUGGGAGACAAGACUUAUUUUGGAGGAGAGAAGCUUGGUUAUGUGGAUGUAGCACUUAUUCCAUUCUACACUUGGUUUAAAGGCUAUGAGACUUUUGGUAACAUCAAUAUAGAGAAGGAGUGUCCCAAGUUUAUUGGUUGGGCUAAGAGAUGUAUUGAAAUAGAGAGUGUUUCUAAGUCUAUUCCUGAUCAGGAUAAGGUCUACCAGUUCAUUGUGGAGGUCAGGAAGAAGAGGGGCAUCGAGUAG